ACAGACGUGGCCGCGGUGCCGCUGCUGCGUUCAAGUGGCGCAUAGAGAGGGCGAAAUUUCACUCUCUCUCUGCACUGCAGCCAGCCUCAGCGCUGCUGCCGGAAUCCAAUACAACAAUGGCGACUCCCAGUCCUAACAGCAACUCCACCAGCUCCAGCAACAUCGUAGGAUCCACGUCGCACCAGUUUCACCAACAGACACAGAGUAGCAGCAUGCAAGAAACCAACACCUGCUGGAGAUGUCAGAAUGAAACAGGGUUUCAGAUAAGCCUGUCUGGAGUGUCCCAAAGUAAACGCAAAGCUCUGAAGCUGAAUUUCGCCAACCCCCCAGUGAAACCGACCUCCAGGCUCCCGCUCCAUCCGACGGCGCCCUCUUUCCAGAACCCACACAUAGAGCGCCUGCGGACACACAGCAUCGAGUCGUCGGGGAAGCUGAAGAUCUCCCCCGAGCAGCAUUGCGACUUCACCGCGGAGGACCUGCGAGACCUCGGGGAGAUCGGGCGUGGGGCGUACGGCUCCGUCAACAAGAUGGUCCACAAACCCACCGGCCAGAUCAUGGCCGUCAAGAGGAUUCGCUCCACUGUGGACGAGAAGGAGCAGAAGCAGCUGCUGAUGGAUCUGGACGUGGUGAUGAGGAGUAGCGACUGUCUCUACAUUGUUCAGUUCUACGGCGCCCUCUUCAGAGAGGGGGACUGCUGGAUUUGUAUGGAACUUAUGUCUACCUCAUUAGACAAAUUCUACAAAUAUGUAUAUUGUGCAUUAGAUGACGUCAUUCCAGAGGAAAUAUUAGGCAAAAUAACAUUAGCAACCGUUAAAGCACUGAACCACUUAAAAGAAAACUUGAAAAUAAUUCACAGAGACAUCAAACCUUCCAACAUUCUAAUGGACCGGAGGGGUAAUAUCAAGCUGUGUGAUUUCGGCAUCAGCGGUCAGCUGGUGGACUCCAUAGCCAAGACCAGAGAUGCAGGCUGCAGGCCUUACAUGGCGCCUGAAAGGAUAGACCCCAGUGCUUCCAGACAAGGCUAUGAUGUCCGGUCCGAUGUGUGGAGCUUGGGAAUCACUCUGUACGAGCUGGCCACUGGAAGGUUUCCGUACCCCAAGUGGAAUAGUGUUUUCGAUCAGCUGACACAGGUGGUGAAAGGAGAGCCUCCCCAGCUCAGCAACUCGGAGGACAGGCAGUUCUCCCCCAAGUUCAUCAACUUUGUUAACUUAUGCCUUACAAAGGAUGAAUCAAAAAGGCCAAAGUACAAGGAACUUCUGAAACAACCCUUCAUUCUGAUGUAUGAAGAGCGUUUCGUGGACGUCGCCAGUUACGUGUGUCGCAUCCUGGAUCAGAUUCCCGCCUCUCCAAUCUCUCCCAUGUAUGUUGACUGAGUUGGGCCGGGCACGGUGUGUUGAGGGGGGAGGGUCACCCAGCGUACAGUGGGCGGGACACUAAGCUUUUGUGAUGCGAUGCUUGACAUCUUAGAGUUACUUAGGAUCACCUGUUUAUACUCACGUUCCAAAGAGCAAAGGAACUAAGUCCAAAUUGCCCGGCGCAGUGAGAUGAAUAUCAGUAAAGAAACAUUUCCACUUCCCGUCAACCUCAAAAACCUACAAUAUUGUCAUCCAUCUUCAGCCAGAAAAACUUGAAGGCAUAACAUUGUCUUAGUAAAAUGCAAUGCGUCUUUGUGUGUUAGGAAAAAGAGAUAGAGUAUACAAUUCUGGAAAAAAAAAAAAUAUAUACAUAUAUAUAUAUAUAUAUAUAUAUAUAUACUUGAACUCUACACAAAUACACAAUCUACCAAAUAAAAGUGAUGCUCAUGACGUAUGAACAAAAAUAGCCACCUAAUUGAUUGUACAUUGUGGACUGUAUGUAUGCAUUAUGCGUGUUCACCUCUGAAUUGUUGACAUGUACAGAUGUAUGCCGACACACACACACACUCUUCACGCAGUUUGUUGUGAGCACCUUCAUCUAUGGUAAAUGACUCAGUAUGCAAAAGUGUUUCUCAUGGAUUCGGUAGCGUGGCUUUACUUCUUUUCUUUCUUUCUUUCUUUUUUUUUUUUCUUUUGGUCAAUAUGCAAUCUGUGAGCAUUUGUCUUGAUACGGGACUGGGUUGAUUGACAGUUCUCACAUCUACUGCUGGCUUCAGUUUGUGUGUCGUCUAUGGUCUUUAAGUCACAAAGCGAAGCAUCUAGUUUUCUGAAAGAUAAACGCCUCUGGUGGUGGUGGUUUUGACUGGCGGACGUCAGCGCUUGCUAAUAACAUGAGAACCCUGGUACCAAAUUGUAUCCUGCAUAGACCUACAUUUGUGAAAGGCGCUAAUGACAUAGCUUUUCUUGUUUUUGUACAAUAAAAAUAAAUGAAGAAACGACACUGUGUAAUAAAAGAAUAACUUCAGAAUAGUUUUGCAUUGUGUGUCGCUUCUAGCUAACGGUACGUGCCCAUUUAAUUGAGGGUUAAAAGUCAUGUUUAUUGUAUUUUUGAUUGAGUGGUGAGCGCUAGCUAAAAGAAGCCUGCUAGCUAAACGUGUCUUACGUACAGUAGAUCAGAAAGGAUUGUGUUAGUGUCAGAACUUAGCCAACAAGCCACUGGACAUUCAUAACUUUACCUAUUUUAUACAACACAAAAAAAUCUUCAUGAAUAUUAUAUAAAAUAUAUAAUAAAAAGAAGUUAAAUGUUUGUUUCACAUAUACAAAUCAAACCAGCUAUGUCGCUCCUAGCUAAUGGUACGUGUGCAUUUGCUUGCAACUGACCUAGCAGAUUGGAAAAUCUUUUUAACCUUUUUUUAUGUUUUAUUAAAAGGUUUAAUUUUUUAAAGAAGUACCUUCAAGCUUGAUUAAUGGUGCAGGGUUCCUCAGAAAGAAAGGUGCUUGGUUUUGUGACGUAGAUGACUUGACCGACUGGGGCCAAUCCAGUGCUACAUUGCCUGAUGUAAAGUUACUUUAGGACGUUACGUCCAACGAUGUAAAUGUGUCUUGUAUAUAGUACAUCUAAUCUGCUGUACUGGCAGGUUCUGCUCCACAGCUGAGGCUCAUUCCUGAACACAGAUGAUCAAAUGGAGCGGGGAGGCGACACAACAUGAAACUGUUUCAGUUUGAGAAUGAACCUUUAGGCCUGUCCUAGCACUGUACAGAUAAACUGCUCAUCAACACUGAUCACAGGUCCACCAUGCUGCCAUACGAAGGCUAGCAGCAGCAACUACACCUUCAAAAGUCCUGACACGGGUCUUCUGUCAAAGAAAGAAAAGAUAACUCUAAAUGCUGCUAAAUCACCAUCUAUCCACUUCCAUACCAACCACAUAGCUGUCAGGAGAGGAAGACGAUCACUCCUCACACUGUUACUGCUCUCUGACCCCUGAAGUCAGCCUGGACUCAGCAUGUUUCCCUGUGACUCGGCAUGUCUCUCUGGCUUGCACUGAUGAUAGAAUGUUUCCACGCCAGUCUAUGUAUUACAGUCAGAACACCUUGCCUCACCUGUCUUCCUCCAUCUGUGCUAAACUUUACUAUACGGGGGCAGGUAAAGGCCAAGGAGAGGACUGAGAUCCACUUGUGGCCAUUCCCUCUCAGAAAGCCACGUUUGCCAGGCGGGGUCUCACCCACAGAAUGGAAGGACGAAUGUCACACUACUCGGAAUUAGCUACUCAACCAAAAUGUCUGUAUGCAUGACGGUCCUUCAAACACGUCAUGGAAUAAAUAAAUUCAGAAGUAGGGGAUUUGUUCUUGAAACUAAUUUUGUGAAAACGCCAAAACCAACGAUGCAAAAAUUAGAACGUCUCUCACCCACCUUGCCUGUGGCCCUAAGCCCAUGUGUUGUGUACGGCAAAUUUUCGGAAAUGGCUCACAAAUACUGGAAAAGUCUCGGAAAUGUCUAAAAACAGAUGAGAACUGUGGUCCAGGAGUGUUUACAGCCAUGGUGGUGAAUGUGGGAUUGAGCCAAAAACCAAACCAACACCUGCUUUGUUAACGGUCUUUUCAUGGGAUUUGUUGAUCGAGAAAAUUGUUUCUCCAUCUUUAUACUUUUUAACAUAACAAAUGCCAGAAACCAUUCAAUGUGAGGUAGCCUGCAUGAUAAUAAGCCAAAGUACACGGUGAUGAAAGUACAAAAUCAGUUUGAUAUCAGUCUUUGUGGAGUAUUACUGCCAUGCUUACUCUUUGAACUCGAUGGGACUUCAACUUUGCUUUAAUAAAUUGUUUUAAUGCAAAA